AUGUCGGAAUCUGAAACCCCGCGCCGUGAAAUUCCUGGAGGCAAGGUUCCGAGAAAUAUUCUGCCGUCUAUUGCGGAACAAAAAACUGCCCAGGACCUACGCGACCAGCAACGAAGAAUGGCUCGAGAAUUGUGCUGUCUUCUCGAUCGCCGUGAAUUAAUUUUCGGCAAAUUGUUGCGGAUUGAAGAUUUCCUCAAGGCUGAACCCGUAAGCAUCCAUUUGCUCAAGCUGCACCUGGAAACACUGAGGAAAUGUGAGGAGGAAUUCGACAAGGUCCACGUGGAAAUCGUCGCCAACAAGCCAAGGGAUGAGCGAGACGAUGAAAAGGACGAAUAUCUGCGAUUCGAGUCUCUCCACAACCAACUUUACGUUACGCUACAAACCAACAUCGAUCGUCUCACACCCGCUCUCCCAUCGACCAGCAGUGAAAUGGCUCGACAAGUUCCCCCGCAACAUGUGUACGUCCAAGCUGCCGCUCCGCAACUUCACGCUCCAUUUCCGGUGUUCGAUGGCAACCCGGAAAAUUGGUUUAGCUUCAAGAGCCUGUUCCGAAGCAUCAUGCAGCGGUACGCUAAUGAGACUCCCGCCAUGAAAAUUUUGCACCUGCGAAAUUCAUUGGUCGGUGACGCCAAGGACAAGAUUGACCAGGAUGUCAUCAACACAAACGACUACGAUUUGGCUUGGCGGAUCUUGGAAAACGCUUACGAGGACCGACGACUGAUAAUGGACACGCACAUUGACGCAAUAUUGGAAUGCCCGAAGGUCGCCAUCGAGAACAGAGGACAAAGCAUCACUAAACUGGUCGAGACAUGUACCAAACAUGCCGAUGCUCUACGUGGUCAUGGUUUCCCAGUGGAAGGAUUGGCUGAGCUAUUUGUUGUCAAUGUGCUGUACAAAAAACUGGACAAGGAAACCCAAGAGCAGUGGGAGACGAGACUUCCAAGGAACGAGCUACCGGAGUUCCAAAUAUUCGUUGACUUCCUGCGAGAGAGAGGACGAGUUCUGCAGCGCACAAGUCGCUCCGAGCAGCCAGCAAGGCAGCAGUCAACAGUUCCUGCUAGACGUCCAGCAUACGCUCCGAAGCCAGCAGCACGAUCGUUCAUCCAAACUGCAAAGCAAUCGUGCCCCUGCUGCAAAGAGGACCAUUCUAUCUACCGGUGUCCCAAAUUCCUGUACAUGAAUUUGUCGGACAGGAAGGCUGUCGUCUCAAAGGCCAGUCUUUGCUACAAUUGCUUGCGAGCGAGGCAUCGAGUCAGCGAGUGUCCAUCGGAGCAAGGGUGCAAGGUGGAAGGAUGCAAUCGAAAGCACCACAGUUUCUUGCAUCUCACCAACUCUGCCAGCAGUUUGAAGCCAGAACCAGAAAGUGUCCCUGAAACACCCACAUCAACGAAGUACUCUGCUACAACAUUGUGUACUCACUUGGGAGCCAUCACAAAGCAGGUACUUCUAUCGACAGCGCAAGUCUUGAUUGUCGGGAAAGGUGGCUCAACUGUUCAGUGUCGAGCGCUUCUCGAUUCCGGAUCCGACAGUCACAUCAUCAGCGAGAACCUGGCCUCGAAGCUCAUGGUAAAUAUGCUACGAGUGGACCUUCCGGUAAGUGGCUUGAAUGACAUCCAAACGCGUGUCAAUUAUGCGCUCUCGACACGCAUCCAAUCUUGCGUGAACGAUUAUUCCACCUCCAUGCUGGAAUUUUUGGUCGUUCCAUCGGUGUCCACCAAUCUACCCCUUUUCGAAGUAGACACGCAAAAACUGAAAAUCCCGACCGGUUUGACAUUUGCCGAUCCAACUUUCCAUGUCCCGGGUUCGGUCGAUUUGAUAAUUGGCAACGAAAUCUUUUUCGAUUUAGUCCGAGAUGGUCGAAUAAAGAUCAAUAACAGCAACCUCACCCUAGCUGAGACUGAAUUAGGCUGGGUGGUGUCAGGUUACGUUCAGCCCAGAAAACCCAAACCUCUCCCACGCGUGUGUCAGCUCAACCGCAAAGACACCGAACUCAACGCAACAUUGGUCAAGUUUUGGGAAAUCGAAAAUAUUCCAACUGAAUCAAAAUUAUCCGCUGCUGAAGCUGCUGUUCAGGAACACUUCAAGCUCACCCACACAAGAGACGAGGAUGGCCGCUACCAGGUACGUUUACCGUUCAACCAUCUCAAGGACCAGCUUGGUGGUUCCUACAGCAACGCGAAGAAACGACUCGACAGGCUAAUGGUUUCACUCGCACGGAAUCCAGUUCGUGCUGAGCAAUAUUCCGAAUUCAUGUCCGAAUACCUGGCACUCGGUCACAUGAAAGAGGUGAGCGCUUUGAUCGACGAGGGAUACUACAUUCCACACCACGCUGUCUUCAAGGAGUCCAGUUCCACAACCAAAACACGAGUCGUAUUUGACGCAUCAGCAAAAACAACAACUGGCAUCUCGCUAAACGACACUCUCCUGGUUGGCCCCACAGUGCAAAGCGAUCUGGUUUCGAUUCUGCUUCGAUUUUGCACUCAUCAAGUUGCGCUAACAGCAGCCAUUCCGAAAAUGUACCGCCAGGUCAAACUUCAUCAAGACGACUGUAAGUAUCAACGAAUCCUAUGGUACAACCAAGCUGGCGAACGUACCAUCUACGAGCUGCAAACGGUAACUUAUGGUGUCGCAAGUUCCCCGCAUCAUGCAACACAAGCGUUGCUCCAACUGGCAGCAGACGAUGGCCAUCAAUUCGAAUCAGCUGCUCGAGUCGUCUCCAUGGAUAGUUACAUCGACGAUUUCCUGACGGGUGGCAAAACGGUCGAAGAGGUGAUCAACAUCUACAAUCAACUAACGCAACUCCUGUCCAAAGGUGGCUUUGGUGUCCAUAAGUUUUGUUCCAGUAGUCCAGAGGUGCUAAAACUAAUCCCAAACGACUUGCACGAGAAGCAAAUUGGUUUCGAUUCAGACGUCAACGAUUCGAUCAAGACGCUUGGUCUCAUCUGGAAUCCAUCAGCUGAUUACUUUCGAUUUUUCGUUCGACCGUCCGAAGGUAAUUCAACCACGAAGCGAAGGGUUUUGUCUGACAUCGGCCGACUUUUUGAUCCCCUUGGAUUUUUGGGUCCGAUCAUCACCACGGCGAAACUUCUGAUGCAGGACAUUUGGCGACUGGGAAUUGGCUGGGAUGAAGAGUUGCCCACUGAGCUGCAAUUGAAAUGGCAAAAUUUCCAACAACAACUACCAACCAUCAACGAGAUGCGCAAACCAAGACGUGUGAUAGCGAACCAUCCAACACUUAUCGAGCUCCACGGCUAUUCCGAUGCAUCCAGCCAGGCCUACGGUGCGGUAAUAUAUAUCAAAAGCAUCUCCUCCGACGGAACCAUACAGGUAAAUCUUUUAACAAGUAAAUCUCGAGUUGCCCCCUUGAAGCCAGUCACUAUUCCCCGACUAGAAUUAUUAGCCGCUAAACUCUUAGCAGAGCUUACGCAGAAGGUUAUGUCAGCAAUGCAAAUUGAAUUCCACAAUGUGACUCUUUAUAGCGACUCGCAAAUUGUAUUGUGCUGGCUUAAAAAAUCUCCUUUGUCGCUUAACCAAUUUGUAUCCAAUCGAGUUGCUUCAAUUAUCGAACUCACGCAAGAUUUCCGAUGGUGCUAUGUGCGCACAAAUGUUAACCCCGCUGAUUGCAUUUCUCGGGGCGCUCUCCCUAACGAGCUAGUUGAGAAUAAGUUGUGGUGGAAGGGACCUCCAACAUUAUGGAAAACUUCACUGCAACCACAAGAUCCAUUUCCAUUGGAUCUCGAUGAUCCAAACAUACCCGAACUUCGUAAGCGCAAGGCGCUGACAAUUAUAGCCAAAACGCCACAUAUGAGUCUGGAUAGACUGAGCAAUUACAGACAAUUGCAAAGAGCGUGGGUGUAUGUAUUGCGUUACGCCAAACGGGGCGCCCGAACGCAACCUUUCAAUGCGCCUAUUUCUGCUGGUGAAAUGAUGUUAUCCGAAACAACUAUCCUCCGAUUUGUCCAGCAGCAAUCAUUCCAAACUUUGUUGAGCGACAUCCAAUCCAAACAAACGAGACGAUACAAUUUAUCCAACUUGGCUCCAUUUGUUGGAAACGACGGGCUCAUCCGAGUCGGUGGUCGGCUCAAGUAUUCUGCUAUUCCCUACGAUGGGAAGCAUCAAAUCCUUCUGCCUGACCAACACUUCGUAACAACAAUCCUGGUUCGCAAACUGCACGAAGAAAACCUCCAUGUUGGUCAUUCGGGACUCCUUGCCAUCGUUCGAGAACGGUACUGGCCUGUACGUGCUAAAAAUAUAAUUAAGAAAAUUAUUUCGAACUGCAUUGUUUGCGCAAAGCUACGCGCAAGACCAGAGCGACAAUUUAUGGGAGACUUACCGAAGCACCGAGUCAAUCCAGCACCACCGUUUUCACUGGUCGGGAUCGAUUAUGCUGGACCAUUUACCUUGACUUUUGGAACUAGAGGAAGAAACACCUACAAGGCGUACGUAGUCGUGUUUGUUUGUAUGACUGUGAAAGCUACCCAUUUUGAGCUGGUUACAAAUUUGACUACCGAAAAUUUCAUAGCCUGCUUGAAUCGAUUUGUGGGCCGCCGUGGAUUACCAAGCGAUAUUUUCACAGACAAUGGAACAUCUUUCGUCGGCGCUAAUAAUGAAUUAGCCGACAUGAGGAAAUUAUUUGAAGACGAAUUACACCGUGCCAAAUUACAAGAAUUUUGUGCAACUCGUGGACUUACAUGGCAUUUUAUUCCACCCAGAAGCCCCCACUUUGGCGGAAUAUGGGAAGCUGGCGUCAAAUCGAUGAAGUAUCAUCUCAAGCGAGUAGUUGGAGAAACAAGAUUGACAUAUGAGGAGAUGCUUACUUUCCUGGUCCGCACAGAAGCAAUACUCAACUCAAGACCUCUUUGCCCGAUGUCAGACGAUCCUUGUGAUGCAGCAGCGUUAACUCCUUCGCAUUUCCUGAUUGGACGUUCUCUACUGGCCUUACCCGAGUCGUCGCUUAUGGAGGAAAAGGUCGGUCGAUUGAAUAGGUGGCAACACGUGAAGUACAUGCAGGAGCAUUUCUGGCGAAGGUGGUCCCGUGAAUAUUUGCACCAUUUGCAAAGUCGUCAAAAGUGGAGUGAUGGAGUUCGAAAGUUCACAAAGGGUGAUCUUGUUUUACUGGUUGAAGAGAACCUCCCACCCCAGCAGUGGCGACUUGGACGCAUCGAGAUUCUUCAUCCCGGCGAAGACAACAUCGUGAGAGUGGUGACGGUCCGCACCGCUAGUGGCAGCGAGUUCAAGAGAGCGGUUACAAAAAUAGCCUUACUUCCGGUUGAUCUCGAGGGCGAGACUCAACGGGGGGUGAAUGAACGAUUGAAAAAUUGA